AUGAGGGCCAUCGUGGAUUAUCCUCCGUCAGUUUCGCUGGUGGUGUUGGACAACCUGCUGCAGGAUCUCGAUCCCUGGACGGACAGCCUCACCGUGGAAGGUGACGUGUUUUUCCAGAAGAACCCGCGACUGUGCAUGCGCCACAUUCGCCGCCUGACACAAAAGUUGAACCUCUCCGAAGCAUUUGUCUCCCCGACCAACGGACAAGAGAUGCUGUGUCAGCAGGAGACUCUAAAGGUGACUGUCCGAUCCUGGCAACUGUACGGGCAGCUCGCGGUGUUCCUGAAUCCUUCACGCACCGACCUGGAACCCAACGCCACCUACUUCGUCAGUUACAGGGAGGCGCCAGUCAACAUCAACGUCACCUUCACCCGCGACUCAUGUCAUGACGACCGCUUGUGGACGGUGGUAGAGGUGACACUGCCUGAGGUGCUGCAGGAGGAGCCGCUGGUGCUAUUGAAAGGCCUGUCCCCUGCCACGCGCUACGCUCUCUACGUCAGCACCAUCAGCACCCGGUCUGCUAUCGUCACGGCCACCACCAGUCUCUUCAACCUGAGCCAACCCACGGAGGUGUCGUGGAAGUCCCUCGGCAACAGUUCCCUUCAGGUGUGGUGGCACCCGCCGCCACUGCCGCCGGACGUGGCGAUACACCACUACCUAGUGACGGUGCUGCUCCGUCCCACGCCCCCCCCACACUCUUUCUGGGACCCGGACCGCGCCCCCACGAGCUUCAGCCGCUCCUCUGAGGGACGAAUGUGGAACACCACUCGCAGCGGAGGCGACACGAAGGAGGCGUGUUCAGCCCCCCCGGAGCCACGCUUUAGCUGCUGCAGUUGCAGGCCACCCGCCCAGAAGACAGCCCCUCCCACCCCCACCACCCACAAACCCUUCGAGGAGGAGCUCUUUCACAGCAUCAGCUUCAUCUGUUAG